GGCGGCGGCGAGAGCGGCGGGAGCCCGAGGCGGAGGCGCCGCGGCCCAUCGCUGGGCCCGAGCUGUGCGCCUCGGCCCGGAGCCCGGACCGGGCGGGGGCGCCGACGUGCCUCUGCCUGCCUUUUCGAGGGAGGCGGGUGUGAGGAAAAAGGCUCAGGGCCCAGGGGGCGGGGAAGGGGGGCCGGGCCUGGAUCCGGUGGGGAGGCCGAGCCGGAGGCCGGGCCGUGGCUCGCGCGGUCCUGGGGCCGCGAAUCGAACUUCGGCGACUCGAAUCGAACGUCGGCGGCGGGUGGAACGCGGGGACCUGGCGGUGCGCGCUCGGGGGCCAUGGCGUCAGUGCAGGCGUCCCGCCGCCAGUGGUGCUACCUGUGCGACUUGCCCAAGAUGCCGUGGGCCAUGGUGUGGGACUUCAGUGAGGCCGUGUGUCGCGGCUGCGUGAACUUCGAAGGCGCGGACCGCAUCGAGCUGCUCAUCGACGCCGCCCGCCAGCUCAAGCGCAGCCACGUGCUUCCCGAGGGCCGCUCGCCGGGGCCCCCGGCCCUCAAGCACCCGGCCACUAAGGACCUGGCUGCGGCCGCCGCGCAGGGGCCCCAGCUGCCACCCCCGCAGGCCCAGCCCCAACCGUCGGGGGCAGGCGGGAGCCUCUCCGGCCAGGACCGCUACGACAGAGCCACUUCUACGGGUCGUCUUCCCCUGCCCUCUCCCGCCCUGGAGUACACCCUGGGGUCCCGCCUGGCCAAUGGACUGGGCCGCGAGGAUGCUGUGGCUGAGGGGGCACGGAGGGCCCUGCUUGGCUCUAUGCCCAGCUUGGUGCCUCCCGGGCUGCUUGCAGCCGCAGUGUCUGGCCUGGGAAGCCGGGGCCUAACACUGGCACCCGGCUUGAGUCCUGCCCGUCCGGCUUUCGGCUCCGAUUUCGAGAAGGAGAAGCAGCAGAGAAAUGCGGACUGUCUGGCAGAACUGAACGAGGCCAUGCGGGGCCGGGCAGAAGAGUGGCAUGGGCGCCCCAAAGCUGUGCGCGAACAGCUGCUGGCGCUGUCUGCCUGCGCCCCUUUCAAUGUCCGCUUCAAGAAGGAUCAUGGGCUGGUGGGGCGGGUGUUCGCCUUUGAUGCUACCGCCCGUCCACCAGGCUAUGAGUUCGAGCUGAAGCUGUUCACUGAGUACCCCUGUGGUUCAGGCAAUGUGUACGCAGGGGUCCUGGCAGUGGCUCGCCAGAUGUUCCACGAUGCCCUGCGGGAGCCUGGCAAGGCACUGGCCUCAUCGGGCUUCAAGUACCUCGAAUAUGAGCGCCGGCAUGGCUCAGGGGAGUGGCGCCAGCUGGGCGAGCUGCUCACUGAUGGUGUCCGCAGCUUCCGAGAGCCAGCUCCCGCUGAGGCCCUGCCCCAACAGUACCCAGAGCUGGUGCCCGCCCCUCUGUGUGGGCCACCCCCGCGAGCCCCAUCCCGGAACCUGGCACCCACUCCACGCCGUCGCAAGGCAUCCCCUGAGCCGGAGGGUGAGUCGGCCGGGAAGCUGACCACUGAGGAGCAGCAGCAGCGGCACUGGGUGGCACCUGGGGGUCCGUACUCUGCCGAGACCCCUGGUGUGCCCUCACCCAUUGCUGCCCUGAAGAACGUGGCUGAGGCCCUGGGCCACUCGCCUAAGGACCCUGGCGGUGGUGGGGGACCUGGGCGGGCAGGCGGUGCCAGCCCUGCAGCCUCCUCCACGGCCCAGCUUCCAGCCCAGCAUCGGUUGGUGGCACGCAAUGGUGAGGCCGAAGUCAGCCCCACUGCAGGGGCCGAAGCUGUCAGCGGGGGUGGUAGUGGCACGGGGGCCACCCCAGGGGCCCCUCUGUGCUGCACCCUGUGCCGGGAGCGGCUAGAAGACACCCACUUUGUCCAGUGCCCCUCGGUGCCCGGGCACAAGUUCUGCUUUCCCUGCUCCCGGGAAUUCAUCAAGGCGCAGGGCCCAGCGGGCGAGGUGUACUGCCCAAGUGGAGACAAGUGCCCACUGGUGGGCUCCUCUGUCCCCUGGGCCUUCAUGCAGGGUGAAAUCGCCACCAUCCUUGCUGGAGACAUCAAGGUUAAGAAAGAGCGGGACCCCUAGGCCGCCACUACCACCAGGCUACUGCCCCCUGCCCUCACGCCACCCACCGCUGCAGCGGAUAAAUUAUUCCCUCCCUCACCCAACCCAGCACCACCCCUACCUGUGUACAUACCCCCUUCCUCAGCCCGGAUGGAUUCCCUGGGGUAGAUGCAUUGGGGGAGGGGGGGAGAAAGCUUGUGGCUCCUGUUGGAGGGGGGGUGUGUGGGGUGUUUUGGUCCCUCCAAUAUCCCUCUCCCCUCCUUGGCUUGGCUUUUCUGCUGCUUGUAGUUGGGGGAGAGGUGCCAUCCUCCUGGAGAAAGGUUCUCUCGAAAUCUCGCUCUUUAUAGACGAAGCAAAGCAUUUUAUUGCCUCCUUGUCCCACCCCCUUUCCUCCUUCAAUAAACCGAAAGAUGGGUUUUCUUUUUUUUC